UGAUUAAUGGAAGGCGCUUAAGUGAUGGAUAUCAAGCCUCACUCUUCAAGUAAUAAGACAAAGAGGAGGAGGAGGAAAAGCAAAGGAAAGAGAUCGACUGAUAGGCACAGUGACCCCGAGCUACUCCUAAAAGAAGGAGAGAUAGAAAGAGAUCAUCAUGGUUGGGACAGUCUUGAUGAAAGAUGGCUGCCGCUAGACGAGCGAGGGGCAGCGAUAGACGAGAUGGAGGUCACCUCUAAAAGACUCUCAAGUCUUAACGUAACUUGUGAUCCCCCUAAAGGCUCGACCCCUCCUCCUCACAACAAUAAUUCCUCCAUUCCUAGUGAACUGGAGACCGAGAAUACUAGUACAUACGUUUGUGUGAGCAGCGAUUUACAGAAGAGAUAUUCGCGAAAGAGAAUCUACAGACGCAAUAGGAAGAGAGCAAAGAAAGCAAAAUGUGACGACGACCUCUUACUCUCCGUGGCUUCAACAUCUGCUCCUUUUUCCGAUUUUAAAAGAGUUCCAAACUUAUUAGAAUCCCCUCAGUUCUCUAUCGCUCACCAGAGUAUAAUCAGACUCGGUAAAUUUCAUCAGUCCGGGAUACUUACCGAUGACAGUCAAACUGGUUUGACUAGUCAUUACGGUUUAAGCGAUGAAACGAGUUCACGCGCUGUCACAGAGUCAGAUUCACCUGGCAUCCCUGAUGAUAUUUUGAUGUAUGAGGAAUCCACUAAUUCUGAAGGUCACAGUAAAAUGGAAGCUAAAGAAAGCAGCGAAUCCUCUUUAUCUCUCACACCAAAGAUGGCAAACACUGGUGGGAGCACCAACAACACCACUAAUGGUUCCUCAGCAGAGUCUGUCAUACUCCGAGUCUCUUUGAAAAACCCCAGCGACACCACGGGGAGUACCUCUACCAGCGACAGUGGCUGUGAUGGCGAUGAUGAGGAGAGUAGUGCUGAAGUCACGAGAGCUCUGCUGGUUGGGGGAAACUCGUCUUCUUGCGGUACUAGGCAUCCAUUUUGGAGCACAUACAGUGAAUCUAGUGCUGACGAGAUUUGUGACGAUGAAGACAAAUAUCAGCAUAUCCUUAAGCCGCUGUUUGGUAGAGAUGGAAGGCAGGUUUUUGAUUUCAGUGCGACUUCUAAUCUUUUAGAGUAUAGAGGAGGAGGAGAGGGAGGAGGAAGAUUCAAGCAUCCUCAGUUGUGUGGUGCUCAAUGUAGAAAGGGAAGUGGUCGAAAAUAUCGUAAAAAGCCACCUCCUCUUUCUCCCGCCAUUGCAUCCCCAUUAGAAUUAAGCCGUAGGAUUAGUGAUUUCGUUAGCGAAGGAUUGACUGGACCGUCAGAGCUACAGUUACCGAUGCUUAGUAGAAGCUUGUGUCAUGUGGCUUCGAGACUAUCAGAAGUACAUUCUCUUGAUUGCCUUGUCUCUCAUGGUAAACGAUUGCUACCUGUUGCAGCACCUUUGCUGAGGAAAACCCCCUCCACCCACCUUGGGGAUAAAUCAAAAAUUGAUACAAUACUAAUGGAAUACGAGACCUCAUUUACUAAUAGAAGAGAUAAGACAGAGAAAUGCCCUGCUUUACCUAUCUGUGUUCCACUUUCUACUCUGCCAAGUGGUGAAAGCCCUGGUUUAUCUCUGAGGCAAGAAGCACCUCCAAUCGGUGAAGCUAGUGUAACAUUAAUGAAUGUCGGCUGGAAUCAACCAAAGGAAGAAGCAAUGGUCUCUGGAGAAGACUUAAUGAUUGAGCCUGUAAUGACUUCUAAUAAUAAAACUGGUCUGAGCCUUAAGUGUAAUUAAUUAUACUAAACUUCUAAUUUCUAUAAUCUAAAACUAAUGUACAUGUAAUCAUGUAUACAGUCUUUCAUUGUUUGAUACUAAUCAUAUCCAAUUCUA